UUCAUUUGUCAAUGCCAUUUCCCGUACGGAAUAAGAAUUCACAUCAAAGUGAAACACAUUCGUUGCUUUUACCAUUAAAUAGAGAGAAAUGAGAAAUAAUAAGUUUAAAAUGAUUAUUUGAUUUGUGUGAAUAAAAUUGUGUAAUCGUGAUUACAUUUCGCAGUUCAUGUUUAGUAAACGUUAGACAUAAUGCCACUAGCUAACACCUCGGAUCCUUGGCGAAUGCAGAAUGUGGGAGAUAACACGCUAGGUGCAUCAGCUCAACCGGCAAACAACCUUCCGAUAGUAGUUGAGAAUUCAUCAGAGUCUAGACAGGCUUCAACAACUGAAAGCUUAGAUUCAAAUGCAGAAAUAAACUAUGAAAGGGAAGUGGAAAUACAGGAUGUUGUUAAAGAAGGUCAUGACAAGGCUGAUCCAUCACAAUUUGAAUUGCUCAAAGUUCUGGGUGAAGGUUCCUUUGGUAAAGUAUUCCUAGUGAGGAAAGUUGUUGGACUUGAUGCUGGUACCCUGUAUGCUAUGAAGGUACUUAAAAAAGCUACUUUAAAAGUGAGAGAUCGAGAACGUACAAAAAUGGAAAGAAAUAUACUAGUUGAAAUGGGUCAUCCAUUUAUUGUAAAAUUACAUUAUGCAUUCCAAACAGCUGGUAAACUAUAUUUAAUAUUGGAUUUUUUACGUGGUGGUGAUUUAUUUUCUCGUCUCAGUAAAGAGGUAAUGUUCACAGAAGAAGAUGUGAAGUUCUAUUUAGCAGAGCUAGCAUUAGCCUUAGAACAUGUUCACAAAUUGGGGAUCAUAUACAGAGAUCUCAAGCCAGAAAAUAUUCUCUUAGAUGCCGAUGGCCACAUCGCACUUACCGAUUUUGGCUUAUCGAAAUUGCCUCCAAGUAGUGACAAAGCUUAUAGUUUUUGUGGUACUGUCGAAUACAUGGCUCCUGAAGUCGUGAACAGAAGGGGUCACACCUUUGCUGCUGAUUGGUGGUCUUUUGGUGUACUUAUGUUUGAAAUGCUAACAGGAAAUUUACCUUUCCAUGGAGCUAACAGACACGAGACUAUGACUCAAAUUUUAAAAGCUAAACUUGGUAUGCCUUCUAAUUUAAGUGAAGAAGCUCAAUCUUUACUUCGAGCCUUAUUUAAGAGGAAUCCUCAAAAUAGAUUGGGUGCCGGUCCCAAUGGAAUUGAGGACAUAAAAAAACACGAAUUUUUUGCUAGUAUAGACUGGGAUGGUCUUUAUAAAAAAGAGGUUAUUCCGCCUUUUCGACCGGCUGUAUCGAGAGCUGACGACGCUUUUUAUUUCGAUUCAGAGUUCACCUGUAGAACGCCAAGAGACUCGCCUGGAGUGCCGGCCUCCGCAAACGCACACGAGCUAUUCAGGGGCUUUAGCUUCGUUGCGCCUUGUCUGCUCCAAGAGGACGAGAACAAAACUGUCACCAAUCAAAAUCAAAACCACAAUACGCAGAACCCAAAGACGUCCACUGAAGAAUUUUGGUCCGGAUUUGUCAACCGCAACAACUUCUUUGACGAGUACAGGUUGAUGGGUGAAUUGGGGACGGGUUCAUUCUCGGUGGUGCGACUCUGUGAACAUAAAACUUCUCGCGUACAAUAUGCCGUCAAAAUCAUGGACAAAUUGCAGUACGAUCCUCGGGAAGAAAUAGAGAUACUACUGAGGUACAGUCAGCACCAGCAUAUCAUAACGCUCCGGGGUGUUUACGAGGAGGGCGGUCGUAUACUGGCGGUCACGGAGCUGUGUCGCGGCGGGGAACUGUUGGAACACAUAACGCAACGACGCUACCUGCCUGAACAUGAAGCGGCUCCCAUACUAAAGAAUGUCUUGCAUGCGGUACAUUACUUGCAUGCGCACACUGUUGUACACAGAGACAUAAAGCCAUCCAACAUUCUCUUCGCAACGGCUGAAAAGCGUCCCGAGGAUAUACGUCUAGUCGACUUUGGUUUAGCGAAGCAACUUCGUGCCGAAAACGGUCUGCUCAUGACGCCGUGUUACACCGCCAACUUCGUCGCUCCCGAAGUACUCAAAAGGGCAGGAUACGACGCCGCCUGCGACAUAUGGAGCUUAGGUGUGUUAGCCUACAUAAUGCUUUCUGGUAGAACUCCUUUCGCCUCGACCGGAGACGACACUCCUGAUGCUAUAUUAGAACGAAUAGAAUCCGGGAAGGUGGAAUUAUCAACGGGAAUAUGGCGUAGCGUUUCAACGGGCGCUAAGUCGUGCAUUCGGCGGAUGCUGCAGCUGGAGCCGUCGCUGCGUCCGCGCGCCGCCGACCUGCUGAAGGAGGCGUGGCUCACGGCGCCCGCCGCGCCGCGCGACGCCGCGCCGCCCGACGCAGAGCCCACGCCCCCUCCCGCCGACCUGCGACGGGCCGUCGACCUCACGUUCCAAGCGAUGACCGCAUCACCAUUAACACCGCAGGUGCUGGGUCCUGUUUCUCAGUCGACCCUCGCACAGCGCCGCAACAAACCUCAACGACGUUUUCCGCCCACACAGAUAUAAAACGAUUUAAGGUAUACGAAAAACAUACAUAAAUAAAUAUAUAAUAAAAUUUCACAGAGCGAAAAAAAUAAUUUUCGAUUUUAACCUUUGGAACAUAAUUUUUUCUAUUAAAGAGUGUGGCACAUAAACGAACAACACUGUGUUUGUGUCUGUGCUAAAGAAAAUACGUAAAUUUAUUCAUUUCAUGAAACAAAUUAUAUUCAUUUAUGUGUUUUUCUAUUUUGCCAACAAUAUGAGUUUAUUUAACUUCACUACAAGAAAUAAUUUUCUUGUAAUGAACUGAAAAAUGUCAUAUAGUUAUUUAUAUUUUAUAUUCUCUCGAUAAAAUUCUUAAAUUAAUAAAACAUUCCUUCGAUGCAUAUAUGAUGGUUGUCUCCUAGUUGCACUGAUCUUAAAGUUUCUUAACGUGUUUAUUCGCAAUUCAUUAAUACAUUUCAUUUACUAUUGUUUCAAUAUAAUAUACAUAGUAUUUCUCAAAUGAAAAGUAUUACUACAAAAUAUUAUUAAAAAAAAUAGUUUUUUAUAAUGAAAAUCGAUUAAAAAUGCUUGUAAAGCAUUAUAACGAGAAAUGUCUUCCCGGGAAACGAUUCUAUUUUUGGACAGUGUAACGUAUAUUGAUAAAAGAAAUUAGUACUUGCCCACCUAUUAUUUUAUAAUCUUCACAAAUAUUAUCUGUGCCAUUGAAAUAAUCUACUUAAAUCUGUAGAAAAGUGCAAUAUUUUUUUAAAUUUUUAUCGUAUAGUGUACUUUAACGUUUACAAUAAGGCCGGCGCAUAUAUACAAUUUUUUUAUCUAGCAUCUACCUAGUUGCAUUUCACGUCCAUGAGAAUGUAUAGAGAUACGCACAUUACCAACUCUAUGGUUGUUCGAAUAAUGAAUCAGAACGCCACGUCAAUCGCAAUAGCGAUUAAUCGGUACAACUAUUGAGCGGCAGCUUUUAUUAAAUUUCGUACAAACUUGACUACAUGAGUCGAUACGAGAUUCUAGCACUGAUAAACUAAUAUAGCCAAGUACAGCGAUAACUUAUUCUAUACAAAAUGGUUAUAUUUUAAUAAUGUAAUGAACUGGAUCAACUGUAAGCAGACCCGCCAAAGACUAAACAAUUUAGUCGAAAAGAAAUCGUGAUCCAAAUCGAUUAAACAGUUUCGUUGAUUUAACAAUUGUAUGUAUUCGGUAGGUCUUACUUAACUAUAUUCUUGUUCUGUAGGAUACAUAUAAGAUUUUUUUUUCUUUCUAUCUUUAUUAAAUUUAAAUUGCAUUGGUUAGAAAACCAUUAUCUUUUUUCUCCAAUCCCCACGACUUUUCAUAAAAAUACAGAAUAUUAAUUAAGAAUAAAAAUUUGAUACUAACUUUUAAAUUAUUAUCAAUUUUAGAAAAUACGAUUAAAAGAUUUUUAUGGUGUGGUACAUACCUAUUGUUUGAAAAACUCGCGCUUCUAGGUAUUGACGUUUCUAGGCGCAAUAGUAGAUACUCAUAGUGCGCCGAGUGCGCUAUAGUUCUCACUAAUUUUGUACGUAAACAUAAUGUUCACACGGCUUUUAGAAUAAUAAUAUUGUAGUAGAUGUAUUACCGUUCACUACAUAUUACAUUCGCAAGGCCUAUUUAACUUUCAAUUGUAAUUAAUAUAAACUUCAAAGAGAUUUUACAAAAAAAAAGUCAAGCUUUACUAUGUAUUAAAUCUGUUUAUUAGCAUGUAAGAAACUUAAUUAUAGUGAAUUUAGAAUCAUUAUUUUCGUAAUUGCUUUACAUGAUAACUAGAACUUAUAUGAAUGUUGAGUAUUAGUCAUUGCUUUUAAGUCAUUUUUUGUUAAUGGUUUUACUAUUACGGUGCCAUUGUUUCUAUUUUUGAAAUCAGACAAUACAUCUAUAAAUUAUUUUUACUUCGAUAAAUCAAUUGUCCGAUAAUAUUCUCUUCAUUGAUAUAUUUUUGUAGCAUAUUUUUUUUGUAAAACACAUACUGUUAAAAACUUAAUGGAAAUGGUGUUGUUAUAAUUUUGUGUUCAUCAAUAAUUUCAAAGUGAAAAUAUAUAAGCCCCACACACAUUGGUUGCCAAAGAUGAAAGACAUGUUACUUUAAAACCGACUGUAUUACAAAUUAAUAGUCGUUUUCCUGUUAAAUUAAUAUUUAAGAUAUAAUUAUGUAAGUAUUAAUAAUAACGAUCAAAAUUACAAAAGUAUUUAAGAUGUUGUUCGUCUAAUAUUCUCUAUAGCUGUACCAAGAGAAGGAAUUGAUUUCAAACUGAAUAGAUAAAAUACUACUACUAAUACGUAUAUUUAGAAUAACAAGGGGUAAGGAUAAUAUUAUACAAUUUUAUAUGAUAGGUAGUAAAUAAAAAAAAUAUCAACAUAUCUGGUACAUACAUAUAAGUAAAAUCUAUAAAAAAUCAAUGUGCAAACGCAUUCCAAUAUUCAAAUGGGCAUUUGAUUUGAUUAUGACCCAAGGAAUAUCUUUGAAAAUUAAUCGUCGAAAAAAAUAACGUACGUGCUUCAAUUCUUUUCCUUGUAAAACUUAGCGUAUAUUGUGAUAGUUAAAAAACUAGAUCUUAUAGAUCUACAUUGUUUCACAAUGAAAUUAUUAUUAAAGCUAGUUUGUAUAAUAAUAUAAGAAUGAUCGAUCACGCUUUGGGCCUGCACUAUAAUGCCUCCGAUUCAAAUGAACGCUGGCUAGAGACGGCUCGUAGCUGAUUUGUUUAUUUGGAAGUCACGUAUGUACAGAACGAAAAGUCAAUCAGUUCACAAGCGUCACGAUGAGUUUGCAAAUGUUGACAUUGCUAACAACAUUGGCGAUGGUCUAUAAGCUUUAUGACGGUGUAAACAAAUAAAAAGCACAGGUUAGUGUUGUUUCUUGAACGAAUUCCACAAAUCUAUUUUAUUAUUAUUCUCUCUCUCUCUCUCUCUCUUGCCUUCUGUCUUGCGAACAAUAUCUGUACAUGUAAUUUGUUAUCAAUGUGCUCUAAGAGUUAGAGAAAGCUUUUAUGUAAAACUUAUAUUUUCCAUAUAGCCAAGACGGGCUUCCAUAAAAGUUAACGCAUUGAUCACUAACCAAAUAUUUGUAUUUAAAAUUAUGUUUUUCACUACACAUUAUCGACCGUCUUUGGUUUUAUUUAAAUAAACAUGCAUUUGCCCUAUUUAUUUUUGUACUUAAAUAUGAUUUUAAUGAAAAAUAAUAAUAAUUUGCUUUAUGUAUUAAUUAAUAUAAUACAAAAUUAGAGAUAAGUUUGUGAAUUUUGUCGUUUAAUAAAUUGUCUGCUUGAGCCUCACUUGAUCACAGAGACGUGGAUAAUACUUUAUGCAUAAUAUCUUGGAAAAAAAAAUGACAAAUUUUAUAUUUGUUAAUACCCUAAAACAAAAUUACCGUUUCUGAAUUUUAUUUUCUGUAAUAAAAAAUGUGAUGAAGUCACUUAAAUCGCCGAAUUUAAGCGUAUCAACACCGAAUAAAGGAUUUUUAUUAAACCAUAUAAAUGACGUCAUUUCGCGCUUCCGUCAAUGUAAUUUAUUUCAAAGUAGAAAUUUUGAAUGAAUACUACAUACAGCAUUACGAGCAUAAUAAAAUAAGGGUUCCUUAAUGUAAGGUAAUUCAUUAAACUAAAACACAUCGGCAUACUAAACAUUUAAACUGUAACAAGUCCUAACAAAUAUCACGUAGCCUUGUGCUAAUCCAUAAAAUGAAAUGUAACAUAGUUACAAUUUGAACAUAUUGAUACAUAGUGCAAAAUAUAUAGUUAUUGUUAUGGUCUUCAUAUAAUGUUAACAUAUUCACAUCUGUCUAUUUUUCUAAUUAAAAUUAAUUCGAUUUCCACAAAAUAUAAUGAUGUUGAAAUACUGUUAUGUAGAGAUGUAAUACAUAAAGAUGUAUAAAAACAUUGUUGACAUUGCUUAAAA